GGAUGCAUGACGCGCUCGGACCCUAACCCCGUGCGACAUGGUGUCACAUGAUCGAGAUUUCCGUGACCGUGGUAAUUAUACAGUUGCAAAAACGGGAGUGUCCGGGGCCGUGAUUCGCAACUUGGAAGACACCGACACCGACAAUGGGCUCCAACAAACCUCGUGGACUGCAAGCCGCCCGCAAGCUCCGAAACGACCGCCGUGAAAACCGCUGGGCGGACAAAGCAUACAAAAAGCGUGCCUUGGGCAACAUUUACCGGACCUCCCCCACUGGUGGAUCGUCUCACGCUAAGGGAAUCGUUCUCGAAAAGGUCGGCGUCGAGGCCAAGCAGCCCAACUCCGCCAUCCGCAAAUGUGUCCGAGUGCAGCUCAUCAAGAACGGAAAGAAGGUCACUGCUUUCGUGCCCAAUGACGGUUGCCUUAACUUCGUCGAUGAGAACGACGAGGUACUCAUCUCCGGUUUCGGUCGUCGCGGAAAGGCCAAGGGAGAUAUUCCUGGUGUGCGAUUCAAGGUGGUGAAGGUGUCUGGUGUUGGUCUCCUUGCUCUGUGGAAGGAGAAGAAGGAGAAGCCUCGGUCGUAAGCGUUAGGUCUGCGUAGAAAUAUGCUCGCUUCGUUAUGUUACUAUGCUCUCAUUACUCUCGACUGCAUGCAACCAUCCUUUUCUUCAUUCUGGAGAGCCAGUCGGGAGUAGUGUGUCUCAAAGAACAAGGCUGUGUGAUUUGGAUAGCCAUCUUGCAAUUGUACUUUGCUUCAUCUACCAUGUUACGAGCACCUCGCAGAGUGCCGCCGCCGCCCCCGCCUGCCCCGUUGUCCAAUGACUCUGAUGAGAAUAUCGAUGUCAAGCUCAGCGUCCGAGAAAGGAUUGCUCACCUCCAAUUGGAUCAUGUCGCACGCCCACCAGUCUCACUCGCGUCCAAGGCUCCUCCACGCCCUCCGCCGAGGCGUAAUGACUCUUCCCUCGCGCAAGGACUAGCGCCAGCGCUUCCUGCAAGACGCGCAAGCGAUUGCGACGAUGCGGCACUCAAUCUGGCCAGGCCUCCCCCACCGCCUGUCACAAAGAUUGCAGAGACGCCUCCUCCGACACACGUUCCCAGACGGCUACCCCCACGGCUUGCCACGCCUCCUCCCGAACCGGAGGUGGACCCGACAUAUCAAGAGGAACCGCUGGGAGAUCAUGACCCAGAUCUCGAAGAAUCUGCUUCAUGUAUCAAGUGCCACGACUUCUCUGUUAUCGACGAACAUGCCGGCCAAUUCCCCCGACACAGUGUCCGUUCUAUACCAGAACUGGCUCAUGCUUUGACAGAGCCAUGGGAAUCAGAAACGGAAAAGGCCCGGGCCAUCUUCUACUGGCUUCACCUCAACGUAAUCUACGACGUCCAGUCCUUUUUCUCGGGUUGCCUUCCUUCUCAGUCUCCCGGGGACACACUAUCGACCGGUCUAGCCGUCUGUGAUGGGUUCGCUGGGCUGUUUGCUGAGCUCGCAGCCAUCGCAGGUCUACAAGUCCACAAAGUCACCGGACAUGGCAAGGGCUAUGGCUACGCAGCCUUCCCACCGGGAUCACCUUGUCCUCCUGAAGAAAGCAAUCACGCGUGGAACUGUGCCCUGCUCGAUGGCGAAUGGCGCCUGCUCGAUCCCUGCUGGGGCGCUGGUGCCCUCAUGGGAUCUGAAUACAGCCAGCGAUUCGCUCCGGUGUGGUUCUACUCUUCGGCAUCUGAAUUCGGAAGACGGCAUUACCCCACUGAUCCUUCAUUCCAACUACUCGGGGAGGAGGACGGAGGCCCCGUGAGUUGGAGGGACUAUAUCUUGGCGCCUCCAGGCCCUGUCCUCUUUGGCAGCUUCGACCAGCUGGCGUUCCACGCGGAACAUCUACAACCAUCACAGGCUGAAAUACCAAGCGGACAUUGGUGUGCGUUCACCCUGUUCAAGCAGUGCGAACACAUGUCCCGAGACGAAGCCGACAAUUACGUCUAUUUCAUUCACGGACCGGACGACAGAAAGACGGUGUUGGUGCCCGACGCAGAGGGCGGCUGGAGUGCUAGCGUCUACUUUCCAGGCGGUGUUACGGGCGACGUCCAGCUCAACUACGUAACAUCGUUCGACAACCGAGACGCCAAAGGACUGUCGGGGCGGACAUUCGAAAAGAGCUUGGGUCGCAAGGCAAUGGCUUGGUCCGGCUUGUGCAAGUGGACCGUCGUCUGA